AGUUUGAGGCUACACUGCACACUUGCACAACCUGUCUUCUUCGUUUUUUCGGAGACUUUUCUGAAAGCCUGAAUUCCUAGGAAGAUUCAGUGGCUUUUGCUGUUGCUGGACACACGCAGUGCCCCACCACUGCGCAUUGCACCUUUAAGGGGACCAGGAAUGCUGCAGAAGCUGAAAUACAGUCAGGGGCUGCAACCUGGGUGGCAUAUCCCGUACUUCCCCAGUAUGUGAUCUGGACCAGGCCAUCAGAUUGGGCAACAUCUGGGUGUCCUUAUCUGGAGCUUGAGGAGGCGCUGCAGCCACAUCCCCGAGUCGGAGCCAACUGCGCCCAGCCGGGCACCCAGCAUCGCCCCGCCGGCAGCCUGCGGCCCGGGAGCAGACCAAGCCCAGCGACUACGCCUCUCCGCCGCCCGUCCCGGACACCAUGGCCAAGAACCGCAGGGACAGAAACAGUUGGGGUGGAUUUUCAGAAAAGACAUACGAAUGGAGCUCAGAAGAGGAAGAGCCAGUGAAAAAGGCAGGACCAGUCCAAGUCCUCAUUGUCAGAGACAACCAUUCCUUUGAGUUAGAUGAAGCUGCCCUAAACCGGAUCCUUCUCUCGGAGGCUGUCAGAGACAAAGAGGUUGUCGCUGUGUCCGUCGCUGGCGCCUUUAGAAAAGGGAAGUCCUUCCUCAUGGACUUCAUGUUGAGAUACAUGUACAACCAGGAAUCAGUCGAUUGGGUUGGAGAUUACAAUGAACCGUUGACUGGUUUUUCAUGGAGAGGUGGGUCUGAACGAGAGACCACAGGAAUUCAGAUAUGGAGUGAAGUCUUCCUUAUCAAUAAACCUGAUGGUAAACAGGUUGCCGUGUUACUGAUGGAUACUCAGGGAACCUUUGACAGUCAGUCGACGCUGAGAGACUCGGCCACAGUGUUUGCCCUUAGCACAAUGAUCAGCUCAAUACAGGUAUAUAACUUAUCCCAAAAUGUCCAGGAGGAUGACCUUCAGCACCUUCAGCUUUUCACUGAGUAUGGCAGACUGGCAAUGGAGGAGACCUUCCUGAAGCCAUUUCAGAGUCUGAUAUUUCUUGUUCGAGACUGGAGUUUCCCAUAUGAAUUUUCAUAUGGAGCUGAUGGUGGUGCCAAAUUCUUGGAAAAACGCCUCAAGGUCUCAGGGAACCAGCAUGAAGAGCUGCAGAAUGUUCGGAAACACAUCCAUUCCUGCUUCACCAACAUUUCCUGUUUUCUGCUACCUCAUCCGGGCUUGAAAGUAGCUACCAAUCCAAACUUUGAUGGGAAACUGAAAGAAAUAGAUGAUGAAUUCAUCAAAAACUUGAAAAUACUGAUUCCUUGGCUACUUAGUCCUGAGAGCCUAGACAUUAAAGAGAUCAAUGGGAAUAAGAUCACCUGCCGAGGUCUGGUGGAGUACUUCAAGGCCUAUAUAAAAAUCUAUCAAGGUGAAGAAUUGCCACAUCCCAAGUCCAUGCUGCAGGCCACAGCAGAAGCUAACAAUUUAGCAGCCGUGGCAACUGCCAAGGACACGUACAACAAAAAAAUGGAAGAGAUUUGUGGUGGUGACAAACCAUUUCUGGCCCCUAAUGACUUGCAGACCAAACAUCUGCAGCUUAAGGAAGAAUCUGUGAAGCUAUUCCGAGGGGUGAAGAAGAUGGGUGGGGAAGAAUUUAGCCGGCGUUACCUGCAGCAGCUGGAGAGUGAAAUAGAUGAACUUUACAUCCAGUAUAUCAAGCACAAUGAUAGCAAAAACAUCUUCCACGCAGCUCGUACCCCAGCCACGCUGUUUGUCGUCAUCUUUAUCACAUAUGUGAUUGCGGGUGUGACUGGAUUCAUUGGUCUGGACAUCAUAGCUAGCCUCUGCAACAUGAUAAUGGGACUGACCCUCAUCACCCUGUGCACCUGGGCAUACAUCCGCUACUCUGGAGAAUACCGAGAGCUGGGAGCUGUGAUAGACCAGGUGGCUGCAGCCUUGUGGGAUCAGGCUUUAUACAAGCUUUACAGUGCGGCAGCAACCCACAGACAUCUGUACCAUCAAGCUUUUCCUACACCAAAGUCAGAAUCUGCUGAACAAUCAGAAAAGAAGAAAAUGUGAUCCAUAAUUUUAAAAAAUACAGGUGCAUGACUAAUUGUCAAUUAAAUAUUCAGUUUUAUGUCUCCAGGCAAACAUUCAAAGUGCUUCCAUCAGAACAGAGUAAGAUGCCAAACACCUCUGAAAACUGCACAAUGGUUAGUUCUUCUACUUCAGUGUUUAAUAAGCAAAUGUACGUAAGCAUGGUUAUAUCAUUUUGUUAACAUGUAUAAUUUCCUGAUUUUUGUUUCCAAAUAUGCUACUAUAAUUUAAAGUAUUUGUCUAUUUUUGAUAACAGUCUAUGUGUUCUGCUUGAAUUUACUAAAUUCUCCUGGGUUACAAUUAAACCAUGUAGGGAUGCUAUUCCACUGUUUGGAUAUGCUUAUUUAAUUUCUACAGAAACAUUGUAAAUGGUUUCACAUAACCACCUGUAAAAGCAUAGCAUCAUAUAACUCAGCAGGCUUAAUUUAAUCUAUACCAUCUUCUAUAUACUAUGACCUCUUAUUUUUAAGUACAUUAAAAACUUUUCAGUUGCUUUACUGUAUAUAUAUAUAUUGCUUCUUUUACAUUAUUUAAUAUAGACUAUAAACAUCGUGAUCAAAAAUGCACAAAAAAUCACUUUGUAUAUGUAUUUAAGUUUCACCGCAUUGUAUAUUUUUUCAUUUGGUACACAAAGAAUGUAUUCUUCAUAGGUUUAUUCUUUUAAUAUGUGAACUAUUAUUAAAGUUUACUCGGGUUCCUAAGAUUAAAGACAAAUGCUUACUGAAUUUGAAAA